CGAAUUACCUCCAGAUGAAGAGCGAAUUAGAAAAGAGAAUCGCAUUGAGAGUAACCGAGAUCUCGAAGGACGACGGUGGUCUGGUCGAGGUUUACCAGAAAAGGAUGAAUCCUUUGGCGAGACAGCAAAAUACGUGUGAUGUCUCCUGAACCCAAACGUCGCGUUGGCUAUGUUUUCUCAACCCGGCUGAGGGAGGUUGCGGAUAAGCUUCCUUCCAACACUAUGAGGGUAUAGGAUGUUACGCUCUAUUGCAGUGCGUCUAGAUGUUCGCUGUGUUAAGAAAGAGAUAUUCAUUAGUCUACUUAUGUUCAUGCACUGGUUACGGCGUAUAAAUUACACGAACAUAUGAGGUACUGGGAUCUAGGACAAAAUAUAGAGGUGCAUCUGAUAACCCUGAUGUUCAGGAUACUACAACCAGCAUUUGCAAGUAAAGAAGAUCUGAUGGUAUUCCAUACAGAAGAGUACAUUGACUUCCUCUUAAACGCCGAAGCUGCCGAUCCGGAAUCUGAUGAAUACUUGGAGAGCAUCGCUCGAUUCGGAUUGCAAUAUGACUGUCCAGUAUUCAACGGGUUGAGCUCGUAUGUCGCCGGAGUCGCUGGUGGAACACUUGAGGCUGCCAGAGCGCUGGUUGACGGCGACGUCGAUAUUGCAAUUCAUUGGGAUGGUGGCAGACACCAUGCACAUAGAGAGCAGGCUUCAGGAUUCUGUUAUGUCAACGAUAUUGUUCUCGGAAUGUCUAAGCUGCAGACACGAUUUCAAAGAAUACUGUAUCUAGAUAUUGAUAUUCACCACGGGGAUGGUGUUGAGGGCGCAUAUCUGUUCAGUCCGAGGGUCUACACGUGCUCCUUCCAUAGAAGCGGCGUGUUCUUUCCCAUCACGGGCGCAUCAACCACCAUCGGGAGCGGCAAAGCUCGAUACCACAAUCUGAAUAUUCCUCUCCAUCGAGGGCUGCGCGGCGCCCUCUUUUUGGCCUGUUUCCAGCAAAUUGUGCAAGCAAUCUGUGCAGUUUAUGAUCCGCAAUGUAUCGUUCUCCAAGGUGGUGCAGACGGUGCUGCAGGCAACCUGAAUACUCCUGAAGUUGAUGAAAAUGGACGCAGAAAGGAGGAUGGGGAAGGAUGGAAACUGGAUCCAGCAACUUUUGGCAAGAUCGUAUCGUUCUUGUGCAACUUGCGAAGUCCCACAGUUCGCCCUCUUCUUAUUUUGGGUGGAGGGGGGUACGUGAACACAAUCACGGCCCGCUGUUGGGCUAUGGCCACCGCAGCGGCGAUCCCGGUGGAACUGUUGGAAGAUAUUCCUGAACAUGCGCUAUGGACUGAGUACUGUAAUGAGGCUCCUCUUGGUUUAGCAAGCGAUGAGAAUCCAAAGUAUAUAGAUGAUAUUAUGAAAACAGCGCUAGAGAGUAUAAGACGACUGGCAGAAUUAAAGGGCAUCCAGUUAUAAAAAGCAAAAUUCAUAUAGCUACGGUAUUUUAUCCCCAA